AUGGCACUCUACCACGAGACGCGGCCUCGAGGGCGGAGAUUGGAAGAAGAGAGCUCGGCAGCCUUGGCCUCCCCACGAAACCCCUCGCGGAGCAGCUCUCGUAGACCCCUGGAGGCUUCCACGUUUCCCUUGAACGAGCGCUUAGAGCGCUCCGACCGCUCCUCAGCUAACUUUCUGGCCCGCGAUGUCAAGGCUGUGGCCGAUGCGCAGGGUAGACUCGUGCGUGUUAUCGAAGAUGUGUCACAAGAGCUGUCGCAACGCUUGGCCGAACAUGACCGCCAGCUUGCAGAGUUUACUGCUCACCAGAUAGCUCUCCGUGAUGCUGUUCAUAAGGUUCAGGUGGAGGAAGCUGCUAAUCAUGAUUCGCUUGCUGCAGAAUACCUGCGACUGCGGACCAGUGACGGCGACACUGCUGCCAGGCUCAAUUUCCUGGAGUCCAAGGUGGUUGGUGUUGAGAAGGCACAGAGCAGUCUCAACAACAAGUUGACCGACUUGGAGCAUACUGCGCAAAGGCAUCUGCCGGCAAGAAUUCAGGACGUUCAAGUAACGCACCAAAAGCAUUUCCAGGAUCUUCAGCAGAAAGUCCUUCGCCAAGUGGAGGAACAAAGAUCAGAGUUCCUCCAGUUCCAGGGCCAAGCAGCGUCGCGGGUUCAUUCCGAUGGGCUCUUGAAUUUGCAGAGGCAGUUCGAAACGCACAGACAAGAAUUUGAAUCAAGGCUGCAGACAUUGGGACCCGAAGCGUUGCUUCCCCAGAUGCAGCAGCACCUGGAGAGUACAUUGCUGCAGCAACUUUCGCAGCAGCUUUCCUCCCAAUUGCAUCAAAUUCUUCAGCAGCAGUUGGAGCAACUUGUUCAGCCGCAGCUGGAGAAGCAGCUGGAGCAGCAGGUACAGCAGCAUUGGAAAGCCCACUAUACAGGAAUGCAGGAGCUGCGAGACAUGUGUCAAGCUGAGGCAGGCCAACGUAAGGAGCUAGCAAGCCAGCUGAAGCAGCGCUUGCAAGAACAGGAAAGUAAUGUGGCCAUGGGCCAGGAGGCCUUGCGCCAGGAGGCUGCAAAGCGGGAACAGCAUUUGGCAGAGUUGCAGGAUGCGGCACAGAGGCUGGCGCAGACCGCCAUGCAGCGUGCACAGGCUUCUACUGAUGCUCAUGCCCACGUCUUCUCCACAUCGUCUUCUCUAGCGAAUCGCCUAGCUGUGGUGGAAGGAGAGCUGCAAAGCGUGCAACGUCAGGAAAAGGAACGGCAGCAAAAGAGGAUUGCUCGACUCGAGGAAGAUUUGGCGAAGUCACCAAUGCUUUCGCCCAGAGAUCGAGGUGGCUCAAACGAGUCGAAGGCACUCGACCAGCCUAACCUCAUCCGUAUGUUGGACGAGCUUCGAGUUCAGUUCUUCGCAGAGCUCAGCGAUUCUCGAAAGCAGGCCCAGUGCACAGCAGUAGGCAAUCGUCUCUCACGGCGUUCUGAGUGCAAGUCGUGUGUUAAUGACCGGGCGCUUGGGUUGUCUGGCGGUGGAAUGGAAGGUUCUGAGUAUGACAUCCGACGCCGAUCCCAACCUCCGUGA